AUCUUGGAUUCCGCGGUAGCGGUGGCGGCGGUAAGGUGCCUAAUCUGCGGAGUGGCUCUUCCCUCCCCUCCCCCAGCUCGGUGGCGGCUGCCCCUCCCACCGAGGGUGGCGCAGGGACGGUGCCAUCUCGACCAUGGCGGCGACUACAGCUAACCCAGAAAUGACAUCAGAUGUACCAUCGCUGGGUCCCACCAUUGCUUCUGGAAACCCUGGACCUGGGAUUCAAGGUGGAGGAGCUGUUGUACAGAGGGCUAUUAAGCGACGGUCAGGGAUCUGGCUAUGUAGCUUAAGCUGGCCUUGGAUUUAUCAUCCUUUUGCUUCUACUUGAUGAAUACUUUGAGCUAAAGGCUGGAUUUUGAUGAUGAAGUAGAAGUGAACACUAAAUUUUUGAGAUGCGAUGAUGACCAGAUGUGUAAUGACAAAGAGCGGUUUGCCAGGUCGGAUGAUGAGCAGAGCUCUGCGGAUAAAGAGAGACUUGCCAGGGAAAAUCAUAGUGAAAUAGAACGGCGGCGACGGAACAAGAUGACAGCUUACAUCACAGAACUGUCAGACAUGGUACCUACAUGUAGUGCCCUGGCUCGAAAACCAGACAAGCUAACCAUCUUACGCAUGGCCGUUUCUCACAUGAAGUCCUUGAGGGGAACUGGCAACACAUCUACUGAUGGCUCCUACAAGCCAUCUUUCCUCACUGAUCAGGAACUGAAACAUUUGAUCUUGGAGGCAGCAGAUGGCUUUCUGUUUAUUGUCUCCUGUGAGACUGGACGGGUGGUGUAUGUCUCUGACUCAGUGACUCCCGUUUUGAACCAGCCACAGUCUGAAUGGUUCGGGAGCACACUGUAUGAUCAGGUGCACCCAGAUGAUGUGGAUAAACUUCGAGAGCAGCUCUCUACAUCAGAAAAUGCCCUAACAGGGCGGGUCCUGGAUCUGAAGACUGGAACAGUGAAAAAGGAAGGCCAGCAGUCUUCCAUGAGGAUGUGCAUGGGCUCACGAAGGUCGUUCAUCUGCCGCAUGAGGUGUGGUACUAGCUCCGUGGACCCUGUUUCCAUGAAUAGACUGAGCUUUUUGAGGAACAGAUGCAGGAAUGGGCUUGGCUCUGUGAAGGAAGGAGAACCUCACUUUGUGGUAGUCCACUGCACAGGCUACAUCAAGGCCUGGCCACCAGCAGGUGUCUCCCUCCCAGAUGAUGACCCAGAGGCUGGCCAGGGGAGCAAAUUCUGCCUAGUGGCCAUUGGCAGGCUGCAGGUAACUAGUUCUCCCAACUGUACAGACAUGAGUAACAUUUGUCAGCCAACAGAGUUCAUCUCCCGACACAACAUUGAAGGGAUAUUCACUUUUGUAGACCAUCGUUGUGUGGCUACUGUUGGCUACCAGCCACAGGAGCUCUUAGGGAAGAAUAUUGUAGAAUUUUGUCAUCCUGAAGACCAACAACUUCUAAGAGACAGCUUUCAGCAGGUGGUGAAAUUAAAAGGUCAGGUGCUGUCCGUCAUGUUCCGAUUCCGAUCUAAGACCCGAGAAUGGCUGUGGAUGAGAACGAGCUCCUUUACCUUCCAAAACCCUUAUUCAGAUGAAAUUGAGUAUAUUAUCUGCACCAACACCAAUGUGAAGAACUCUAGCCAGGAACCACGGCCUACACUGUCCAACACCAUCCCAAGGUCACAGCUAGGUCCGACAGCCAAUUUAUCCCUAGAGAUGGGUACAGGGCAGCUGCCAUCCAGGCAGCAGCAGCAGCAGCACACAGAACUGGAUAUGGUACCAGGAAGAGAUGGGCUGGCCAGCUAUAAUCAUUCCCAGGUUUCUGUCCAGCCUGUGGCAAGUGCAGGAUCAGAACACAGCAAGCCCCUUGAGAAGUCAGAAGGUCUCUUUGCACAGGACAGAGAUCCAAGGUUUCCAGAAAUCUAUCCCAGCAUCACUGCAGAUCAGAGUAAAGGCAUCUCCUCCAGCACUGUCCCUGCCACCCAACAGCUGUUCUCCCAGGGCAGCUCAUUCCCUCCUAACCCCCGGCCGGCAGAGAAUUUCAGGAAUAGUGGUCUUACCCCUCCUGUAACCAUUGUCCAGCCAUCAUCUUCUGCAGGGCAGAUACUGGCCCAGAUUUCACGUCACUCCAACCCUGCCCAGGGAUCAGCGCCGACCUGGACCUCUAGCUCCCGCCCAGGCUUUGCCGCCCAGCAGGUGCCCACCCAGGCUACAGCCAAGACUCGUUCUUCCCAAUUUGGUGUGAACAACUUUCAGACUUCUUCCUCCUUCAGUGCUAUGUCUCUUCCGGGUGCUCCCACUGCCUCAUCUGGUACUGCUGCCUACCCUGCUCUCCCCAACCGUGGCUCCAACUUUCCUCCUGAGACUGGACAGACCACAGGACAGUUCCAGGCCCGGACAGCAGAGGGCGUGGGUGUCUGGCCACAGUGGCAGGGCCAGCAGCCCCAUCAUCGGUCUAGUUCCAGUGAGCAGCAUGUUCAGCAGACACAAGCACAAGCACCUAGCCAGCCUGAGGUCUUUCAAGAAAUGCUGUCCAUGCUGGGAGACCAAAGCAACACCUACAACAAUGAAGAAUUUCCUGAUCUAACUAUGUUUCCCCCCUUUUCCGAAUAGAACUAUUGGGGUGAGGAUAAGGGUGGGGGGAAAUCACUGUUUGUUUUUAAAAGCAAAUCUUUUGUAAACAGAAUAAAAGUUCCUCUCCCUUCCCUUCCCUCACCCCUGAUAUGUACCCUUUCCACCCCUUGACUUGCUGAAGAAACGUUAUAGAAGAAAUUAAAUGAAUUUCCCAGGCUUUUAGGAUCCUCUGAAAUUUUGAGGAUAGGUGAGGCCUGAAUUCCUGUCCUUAUUUCUUCUGACCAGAAGUUGCACAGACAUGAUUUGUGCUGGAGUCAAGGGGCAGAACAGAAGAAUCUGACAGGCACUAAUUGGAUACUGUGGCUUGUUUGGAUAGAAAUUCUGAAUGGAGUGGAGGAAAGGAGAAAUGCCCUCAUCACUGAGGAUCAUGAAACACAGUAGGGGUGUGUGGAGCCUUGGGACGUGAGCAGUCUCCAGAAAGAGGCCUGAGAGAGAGCAUGAACACUUAUCUUUGUGAGUGAGUGAGUGAGUGAGUGAGUGAGUGUGUGUGUGUGUGUGUGUGUGUGUGAGAGAGAGAGAGAGAGAGUAAGAGACAGAGACAGAUGGGGUGAGGGGGGCAUUUGAGCUCCUAUGUUUUGUUCCCUAUUAUAGAGUAUAUGCAAAAUUUGUCCCAGAUCUUCUUUGACUUUGUGCUUGCUCUUUAAAGUGUCCUAAGAAAAUUAAUUUUUUCAGGUAUUUUUCUAUUUAGUGUUGCAGCCAAAGAGUAUUUAAAUUAAGUCUUUGCUGCACUUAAAUUCAUACCCAGCCAAAAUGGAACUUUAGGCCAACCCCCAGCCUUCUGUUGCUAGGGUUGGUCUCCUACAGACACAGUGAUCAAGCUGGAUGACUCCUGCUCUUUGGUGCUUUCAACUCAUUGGGAAGAGCUGCAGAUAUUACCAAAAUAGGCUGGCUACAUGAACACUGUCAGAAAUCCCAGACUUGCCCACAAGGAUAAUGCUGCAUUUUUCUGUCAGAGUCACACAUGUUUUUCUGGAGAGGUUAUUUCUGCAUGGAAACUCAACUUCUUGGAUUAGCUAUCUUGAGUGAAAGUCCUCACUGACGAGUAUGCAAACCAAAUAGCCUCCUGCACAGUAGCCUCUCCUUCCUGUCACCAAAACAGUUUUAGGUCUGCUGAAGUCUGGUGUUCUUUGCUCCUUCUGCAAUCUUGAAAUUGGGGUUUGCUUUAGAGCACAAACAUAAGUCUGUGUUAGGUGGACUUAAAUCCCAACAGGGUCACUUGAUAAUUAUAGCCAUAGAAAUGCAGAUGCAGGUAACUGCUUUUACCCUUUACCGUCCUCAGGUGAGUCUCCUAGAUCAACAGCCUUUUUUUUUUUUUUUUUCCUUAAACUGGCUCCUGUCAAAGAUUAAGUUAAUAUGGAAAAGACCUCUUAUGUGUAUUGAUGGGGCAUGAGGAGCCCAGGCAAGGAGAGGCUCGUGGAGAGGCUGAGGGAAUGUUACUAAGUUUCCCUCCGUUUGUCUCCAGUCUGGUGCCAGGCAGUAGAGUGGAAAAGGAGGCUAUUUUUUUAUUCUAUGUGCACACAUACAGUAUACAUAUAUAUUUAUAUCACAUUUUACUGAACCAAAAAGUUGGGUUUCCAAUAAAAUACUUGUUUUUUAAUAACCGACUUGUUUUUAACUGUGAUCUGAACUAUAAUGUACAGUUAUUACAGGGCUUCUGAAGAAGGGGGGGCGGGGAGAAGCUUCUCUGAGGGGCUCGCUCUGCUUUUCCUUCACGGUUUUAUUUUUGAUUGUUUUUUCUUGUUGCCCAUCUGUGCUAAGCCUUAACUGUGGCAAAAAUAAUGACAUGUAGCAAAGAUUUUAAAACAAAGUAUUUUUUCUUUUAUAAA